AUGGACUCUUUCGCCAUUACGGAGGGCAUUAUUCCCCAGUCCGAGAAACAAGAUGCCCAAGCUCCCGAGUCUGGGCUAGGUCCAGCUCUACCUGAGGGAGCCAACAAGUUUCAGCGCGCCAUUGCAGCUUGGAGAGGUAUCGACUUGUCCAAUACCCUUGCGAAACUAGACAGCACCGCUUCCGAUAUAGUUGCCGAACAACGAGACGCACUGGUACAAAGGAAGGAUCUUGCGCAAAAGACCAAGGAUUUCCGGAAGCUCGACGAUGCUUCCAAGUUGGCGGAAUACAAGGGUCUUUUGAAAGCCUAUCAAGGAUUCAUCGACCUCUUAACAAACCAGGGGAAGUCUUCUUCGUCUGCGUUCCUCCAGUUAUACUCGUCCUUGUCCGAGGCACCAGAUCCGUAUCCUCUUCUCGAAGCCUCAAUCGACUCGCUCGUCGUCGCCGAAGAAACGGUUCCUAAAUUGACUUCUGAACGUGAUCAGCUGCAGAGCUCAGUGGACCGCCUUACUUCACAGUUGGAAGACACGGAACGACGGCUUGAAGAAGAGCGAGCUGCAAGGAAGAAGUUGGAGGAUAACCAAGACGCAAAGAUCAAAGAGAUUGAAACAUCAUGGUCGGCAGUUCUGACCGAGAAGACGAACAAUUGGACAUCUAAGGAAAAGAGCUUGGAGGAGAAGGUAGAGAACCAGGAACGUUUGAUUAAAGAGCUCAAGGCGAGCUAUGAGGUCUCGCAGCGCCUAGGCCAAACUGAUGAAAGCGGCAACCACCCCCAGGGAGGCGCAACCGCUGCCGAACUGGAGUUGGUGUCCAGCGAAUUGGAAAAGACUAGCCUGAGGUUGGCAGAGAUGGAGGGACGGAAUGAGCAGUUGAGGCUUGAGCUGGCUCAAGCUGUUUCUCAUUCCAAGGAGGAGCGGACAACGUCUAUCGACGACGAUCCUGGAUAUCUCCGCCUCCAGUCUGAGAAUUCUUCGCUGUUACGAAAACUCGAUGCUGCGCGAUUUGACCGAGAGUCUGAACGGCACACUUGGGAGGCCAAACUUUUGCAGUCUGAGAGGCAGUUCUCCAAAGUCAACGCUGAAAAGGAAGAGCUGAAGACAAGGCUGGAGAAGGUGGCGGAUUACGAAGACAUCCGUCGCGAGCUGGAGAUGAUCAAGUCUAUUGAAUUCUCAGCUGGUGACGACGAGGAGGCCGGUGAUCUCAAUGAUGGUACCAAUGGCACUGUAGACAAGGCUAAAGAGGGCGGUAAAAAUGGCUCCCUGGAACAGCUACUGUUAGCGAGAAACAAGAAGCUCACCGAUGAGCUUACUGUUCUGCGGGUAUCGCACCGUGAUCUACAAGGCCAGCUUGAGACUCUCCGCGAGGAUCUUUCUACCACUAAAGAGGAAUUGGAGAAAUCGCAAAACCUCUCUACCACUCUAGAGAAUGAUCUUCUCCGCCUGCAACAGGAGGCGGCGAAUGCCUUCCCAUCCUCGGCGAUGUCAGUGGCCGGCACAUAUGUUUCAAAAUACCCCCAUUCUUCACGAAGAGGCGUAUCACCAACAUCAUCAAUCAUCUCCGGCUUCGAUCAAUCGGCCGCAUCUAACAAUACGAUGGACGCCAUCCGCGCUGGGGAAGCGGUUGGUGGAGGAUCCGGUCUUUUGCCCAUGAUACAAGCGCAGCGCGACCGGUUUAAGAAGAAGAACACUGAACUGGAAGAAGAACUAUCCAAGCUCUAUAGCACAGUCAAAUCUCUCAGACAAGAAGUCGCAUCUCUGCAAAAGGACAAUCUCAACCUUUACGAGAAAACGAGUGCGUCUUCUAUCCAUACAUCCGCCGAUACUCCCUCAGGUUUGUCUAUCGAUCGCUAUCAGUCCGCGUACGAAGCUCAAAUAUCCCCGUUCGCUGCCUUCCGGGGGCGCGAAUCCACUCGCGCAUACAAACGGAUGAGCCUGCCGGAACGGGUAGUAUUCUCGCUGACACGCAUCAUCCUUGCAAACCGUACUAGCCGGAACCUCUUUGCAGGGUACUGCUUCGCCCUACACAUUCUUCUAUUCAUCAUGUUGUAUAUGAUGAGUACAAUGGAGAUUGAAAGUCAUAGCGCAGCAAGCCUCGGUGCAGCAGCGGGGGCUGCAAUGAAUGCAGCAGGCAAUGGUAAUGCAUAUAGCGGGCAGCUCGAUGGCGACGACUGGCAGCAGGAGGGAUUCAAUCACGCUGGGUAG